CCACCCCGGGGAGGCGGUGGGGGUUGGGAAAGCAUCCCCCUUUGGCCUGGAUUUCGAGUUCUAAGAGGGGCGUUACCCGGCCAGCACCGAGUGUCUGGGGAUUAAAGGUCCCGGCACCAGAUAGGGAACAGCAGGAGUGGAAAUCUGGAAAGAGGAACGCGGCCAGCUUCCGUUGGAGCCUUCUUGCACAACGACCAAAGGGACAUCUGCAAGCUCACAGCGUCACCCGAGGACGUACAAACCCCUAGACCCGCUAACAGACUGCAGACCGGGGACACUCCCUCGGACGCACCCUUGGAUGAGAUAAAUUGCAAUCGAAUCUGCAAGAUUGAGAGGAGUUGGGGUGAUUAGAAGUUGAUUCACUAUAAAGAUUUAUUUAAGUAAAAAUGUCCAAAAAAAUCCAUGGCGGGUCUGUGGUAGAGAUGCAAGGAGAUGAGAUGACACGGAUCAUUUGGGAACUGAUUAAAGAAAAACUCAUUUUUCCCUAUGUGGAAUUGGAUCUGCAUAGCUAUGACUUAGGCAUAGAGAAUCGUGAUGCCACCAAUGACCAGGUCACCAAGGAUGCUGCAGAAGCUAUAAAGAAAUAUAACGUUGGCAUCAAGUGUGCUACUAUCACCCCUGAUGAGAAGAGGGUCGAGGAGUUCAAAUUGAAGCAAAUGUGGAAAUCACCAAAUGGCACCAUUCGAAAUAUUCUGGGUGGCACUGUCUUCAGGGAAGCAAUUAUCUGCAAAAAUAUCCCACGACUUGUGAGUGGAUGGAUAAAACCCAUCAUCAUAGGCCGUCAUGCUUAUGGGGACCAAUAUAGAGCAACUGAUUUUGUUGUUCCUGGACCUGGAAAAGUAGAGAUAACCUACACACCAAGUGAUGGAACCCAGAAGAUGACAUACCUGGUACAUAACUUUGAAGUGGGUGGUGGAGUUGCUAUGGGAAUGUACAAUGAAGACAAGUCAAUUGAAGAUUUUGCACACAGUUCCUUCCAAAUGGCUCUGUCGAAGGGUUGGCCUUUGUAUCUGAGCACCAAAAACACUAUUCUGAAGAAAUAUGAUGGGCGCUUUAAAGAUAUCUUUCAGGAGAUAUACGACAAGCAGUACAAAUCCCAAUUUGAAGCCCAAAAGAUCUGGUAUGAGCAUAGGCUCAUCGAUGACAUGGUGGCUCAAGCUAUGAAAUCAGAAGGAGGCUUCAUCUGGGCCUGUAAAAACUAUGAUGGUGAUGUGCAGUCAGACUCCGUGGCCCAAGGUUAUGGCUCCCUUGGCAUGAUGACCAGUGUGCUGGUUUGUCCUGACGGCAAGACAGUAGAAGCAGAGGCUGCCCACGGGACAGUAACACGCCACUACCGCAUGUACCAAAAAGGACAGGAGACGUCCACCAAUCCUAUUGCUUCCAUUUUUGCCUGGACCAGAGGGUUAGCCCACAGAGCAAAGCUAGAUAACAAUAAUGACCUUGGCAUCUUUGCAAAGGCUUUGGAAGAAGUCUGCAUUGAGACCAUCGAGGCUGGCUUCAUGACCAAGGACUUGGCUGCUUGCAUUAAAGGCCUACCCAAUGUACAACGUUCUGACUACUUGAAUACAUUUGAGUUCAUGGACAAACUUGGAGAAAACUUGAAGAUAAAACUAGCUCAAGCCAAACUUUAAUUUCAUGCCUGGGCUUAGGAGGAUAAAUGGUCUUGGUAACUAGGUCUACAGGUUUACAUUUUUUUAUAUUACACUCACAGGUUAAAACAAAAUCAAUUUUGUAAUUUGUUUAAAAACCAGAGUUGAUCUUUUCUAUAAGUUUACAGCCUUUUUCUUAUACAUACAGUAAUUGCCACCUUCCAUGAGUGUGGCAGGGAACUCUUUUUAAAUUGUAUUUUAUUUUCUAGAAGCAGUCUAUGAGUUACUUUAGUAUUCAUUCAUAUUCACUGUUAUUCUUUCUUAUGUUCCAAUAUAAAUGACCAAAAUCAAGAGUGCUCAAAAGGGUUAACAAUAGCCACAGUAUUGUUCCCUAAAAUAGGUAUAAAAUAGUACUUUACUCCAUUCCCUUGUUGCCCGUGACUGUGGGCACUGGGAAUUUUGGUGUUACAGAUGUCGCAGUAUAUGAGGUAGCUAUACAUUGAAUUGCACAUGACUAAAACAAAAAGUGUAAGUGUAACUAAAACAUGUUGAAAGACACUGCAGUCAUUUUUUUUUUUUUUUUUUUUUUUUUUAAGAGAGUAUUGAAAGUGUCCAAAAUACUAAAUGCUUUUGAGGCCACUGGAGAGUUCAGAAUAAAUACUUCUUGGAGGUUUGUCCUCUGUGUUUGUCUCUUUCUCCUCCUCAUCUGGCCUGAGGAUUUUGUUACCCUAAAUAGCAUUUCAUCCAUGUGCAAUAACAUAAGCUGCACCUUUUUUGGACUUCUGCUGGCCUGUUUCAUUUGUUUCAUAUAAAUGUGAUUUCCCAGAGAUUGAUAUUAAACACUAUUCUAGUCCAGACUUCAUCUGAACUGUUAAUUUUAAUUAAAAUCACGUGCUAAUGACUGUU